GUCAAAGAUGGCAAGGUUAUUGUAAGCAGCGCGUGAGUGAUAUAUCUAGCUAUCGUUUUCAAAAGUUGCAGCGGAUUAUCUUUCCAUAAUUUCGGAAGUGUAGUUUGAUCUCCAAUUUUUUGCGUUUUCUCAGUUACAUUUUCUCUCAAUUAUUUGCAAAAUUUGCAGUGUAUCCAUGCACUUUUUCCUAAUACCAGAAAAUAAUGGCUUUUAGAGAAACGAUUGUUUGUUAGUGUAGCACAAUUAGUCUACGAUUUUACUUGAAGACUGUGUCGUGUUUACUGGAAUCAAGUAACUUCUUAUUUCCAUUCUUUGGAACAUCAAGCAGCUCCCGUGGGCCGCCAUGGUGAACAGCCAGGCGCCGUGUGGCGGCGCGUCCCCGAGGUCGUGUGCAGGGUGCGGGGGGAAGAUAGCCGACCGCUUCCUGCUCUACUCCAUGGAGCGCUACUGGCACACGCGCUGCCUCAAGUGUUCCUGCUGCCACGCGCAGCUGGGCGACAUCGGCACCUCCUGCUACAGUAAAGGGGGCAUGAUCCUCUGCAGGAGCGACUACAUCAGGUUGUUUGGGCACAGUGGGGCAUGCAGCGCCUGUGGCCAGUCUAUCCCUGCCAACGAGAUGGUGAUGAGGGCACAGGGUAACGUCUACCACCUCAAGUGUUUCUCCUGCGCCACCUGUAGAAACCGGCUCGUGCCGGGGGAUCGCUUCCACUACAUCAACGGCACCAUCUUCUGUGAGCACGACCGGCCGGGCUCAGCCCUGCUCAGCAGCCACCUGCCCCCCCUGCAGUCGAACCCAGCUCUGGCCGACCAGAAGGUAUGUUGAGUGAUUAGACGCAGGUGCCGCCACCAGUAGUUCCCAUCGUCUCCUGAGGACUCCUCACCCCCGAUGCCGUGUUUGUGGAUUCUUUUGUUGAAGUCUUUUGACCAUGGGACAGUUCACUGCUUACUAAGUUACCCUGAGAUGUCAGAGACAAUAGCCAACAUCCAGCCUACACUUUGAAUGGAAAGGAACCCAGAAAGAACAAUUUGGACCUCCAGUAAAAUGAACUGCUUCUUUAAAAGGACUGGGUCUACCUGUUUCCGGUUGCUGAUUCCCAACUGUGUGCAUAUCCAAACCUUGAGCGAAGAGCGUGACUCUUGAGGAUGCAUCUCGUGAUGUACAGUAGAAUGUGGCUUAUUCCCUACCGUGGCUUUCACCUUUUCAUCAGAAGAGGAAUCCCAGAAGAAGUGCUUGACGAUAGUUGACUACAAAGGAACUCUGUUAUACAUUGGUCCCGCAGGGGAAAGGGACCAUUUCUGUCUUGAAUGUCUGUCUCCAUUGGCCGAUUCUUGAUUCGUGUCACUUCCUGUUAUUCUACCGUCUUACUUUGUGGUUUUAGGGAACCAAACGAAAAAGGCAACCAUGAAAGAUAAAUGUCCAUUCUUUUCAUGAUGGUACUGUGUGUUCUCCAGUAGAGUUAUAUUUCUUUAUUUCAACCGAUGCUUGCUCAACAUGUGAAAUUGAAACAAAAAAUCCUAUUAAAAGAUUUUACUGUACCGUGAA